GGACAAAUAUCCCCGGUCCGACUCUAGACGCGGAAGGUUUUCUUUCCUUAACUUUUCACUCGGCUCCCAUUAUAGAGACUACUCUAUACCGUCAGAUUGAGAUAUGCUUGAGAAAGAGUAAAAUUCUCUGUUCACUCUGGUACUAUUUAUUGUGAGCCCUACCAGAAACAAUGAACCCGGCCCGUUCUUCCGUUCCUCUUUACAGCUGACGUCGAUGUCGAUUUUGCUUUGAACGUCAAUGGCGACUGCGACGAGCCUAAUUUUUGCGUCGUGAAAUCCGGUCACGAAUAGCAUGUCAUCUUUUUACAACCCUCGAAUCUUCCCUAAAUCAGUAUUCAGCACUAAGUUUACGAAAAGACAUGCUUCAAAUUGGCCCCGGGCUCAUUAUUCCCGCUUUCCUUCCUUUUUCACCCCGACGCCCAUAGUCAAAUAUGACCUGAAGAGACGCGCCUUGUGGCUUAUACCGGUUGCUGGUGGACUUGCCUUGUAUCUUACCCCUCCGCAAAAGUCUCUAAUACCGACUCUUAUAUCAUCUCCGGCUGUUAUCCCAUGUCGAUCCUCUGAUUACACAGAGCAAAGUCCUGUCAUAUUAUCUCCCUUUGAGGAUGACUUCAGUGUUGGAUCGCGGCUUUGGCUUGUUCUGCGGGACAAAAUUUGGGAGCCUAUCUUGACUGCGAAGAGGUUUAUCGCUCUCUGCUUUAUUUUUCUUCCGGUAAUCCUCACCAGUCCUAUGUUGUUGGUGGGAAAACCGCAGAAAAAGUCCAAGAGAGAUGGAUGGGGUGCAAUAUGGUGGUAUGGCUUUUUAGCCAGGCGAAUGGAGUCUGCCGGUCCAACCUUUAUCAAGCUUUCUCAAUGGGCAGCCUCUCGUGCAGAUCUGUUUCCAGCAUAUCUUUGUGAAAAGCUUGGAGCUCUCCACUCGCAUGGAAAACCUCAUUCUUUUCGGCACACGAAGCGAGUUAUUGAACAAGUCUUCCAACGCCCAUUCAAGCAAGUAUUCGAAGAGUUUGAUGAGGAGCCUAUAGGCACUGGAGCUAUCGCUCAGGUCUAUCGAGCGACUCUCAAGAAAGAUCUUCUCCCUCCGUCUUAUCUGGGACCACGUCGGCACAAGAAGAUGCCCGCCGCUGCUCUCAACUCUGUAACGCUCACAAACCCCCCUCCAUCCGUACCCACCGCCGCCGUCGCCAUCAAAGUCCUCCAUCCUCGAGUCGCCAAAACAAUAUCUCGCGACCUCUCCAUCAUGUCUUUCUUCGCAAAUUUCAUUACAUUAUUUCCUGGAAUGCAAUGGCUGUCUUUACCCGACGAAGUAGAUGUCUUUGGCCAGAUGAUGUUCCAGCAGUUAGAUCUACGGCACGAAGCAGAGAAUUUGCUCACCUUUGAGUCAAACUUUGGGUCUCGGAAUGUCCCUGUAAACUUUCCGCGACCGCUACAGGUUUGGUCAACCCCACAUUUGCUUGUAGAGGAAUUCCAGAAUGCGUUACCUCUAGAAACAUUUUUGAAGAACGGAGGAGGUCCUUACGACGAGCAAGUAGCCACGGUUGGCCUGGAUGCAUUCUUGAACAUGCUUUUGCUGGACAAUUUUGUUCAUUCAGAUCUUCACCCGGGUAAUAUCAUGGUCAAGUUUUCCAAACCAGCAUCAACUCGAUACCUUUUGAAGAACCUCUGGACCUCAAUCACGCAUUCCUUCUUUCACAAAUCCCCUGAAGAUCCGCCAGAUCGAGGGAUCAUUGUCCCUGAUUAUUCCGAGUCUGAUUCUAUUGUAGAACGUCUUCGUUCCAUGACACACGACCGCAGUGCUUGGCUCAACGAACUCUCUUCUCUUCAUGAAUCGGGAUACAUCCCUGAAAUUGUCUUUAUCGACGCCGGACUAGUAACGACCCUCUCCGCAGAAAAUAGACGAAACUUUCUCGAUCUUUUCCGUGCUUUAGCUCAUUUCGAUGGUUAUCGUACGGGUCAGCUCAUGGUCGAGCGUUGCCGAUCCCCCGAGUUGGCCAUAGAAACAGAGACGUUUGCGCUAAAAAUGCAGCAUUUGGUGCUUAGCGUCAAGCGCAAGACUUUCUCACUCGGUCAAAUCAAGAUAUCCGACAUACUCACAGAUGUGUUGCGUGCUGUGCGAGAACACCAUGUCAAGAUGGAGGGGGACUUCAUCAACACCGUCAUAUCCGUAUUAUUGUUAGAAGGAAUUGGGAGGCAAUUGGAUCCCAACCUGGAUUUAUUCAAGAGUUCACUGCCUAUACUCAGACAGUUAGGAAGUCAAAUGGCGAGGAAGGAGCCGGUCACGAAAGAUUUACCUUAUACUAAUCUAGGUGCAUUCAUCAAAGUGUGGGUAUGGCUGGAAGCAAGGGAUUUCAUUGCUGCGUCGAUUGUGAAUGCGGAUGAUCUUGUCAAAUUUGGAUGGCUUACACCAACCAUCUGAUUCUUCAUCGAUCAUCCCCCAGUAGAUACACAGAAUGCCUUGGUCGCCGAUUCUACACAUUAACUCUCGCUCUCGAUUAGAUUGGAAAAGACUUUUAAGACACUGUAAUCACCCUUCAACCUGUAACUUAAGUCUUUAUACGUACAGCUAUCAUAAACCAGCAUUUUACACA